AUGUUCUUUUCGCAUCUUCGGAACCUCACAUACCCCCACAACCUCAUCGACUUGGCCUUUCUAGUAUCGGACUCAAAGGAUGAUACCCUAAAUAUGUUGUCGAGCAUGCUGGAUGAGAUUCAAAACGACCCGGAUCCCAAGAUGUCCUAUGGCGAGAUCUCGGUCAUUCAGAAGGAUUUCGGGCAGAAAGUGCAGCAAGACGUGGAGAGUAGACACGGAUUUGCCGCCCAAGCCGACCGGAGGAAGUUGAUGGCACAAGCAAGGAAUUGGCUGUUGAGUGCUACCCUUCGGCCGACUCACAGCUGGGUCUAUUGGAGAGACGCGGAUGUCCAGACCGCACCGUCUACUAUCAUAGAAGAUCUUAUGAGACACGACAAGGAUGUUAUAGUGCCCAACGUUUGGCGACCCCUCCCCGAUUGGCUAGGUGGCGAACAACCCUACGACUUGAACUCUUGGCAAGAGUCGGAAACCGCAUUGGCCCUUGCCGAAACAUUGGAUGAAGAUGCAGUUAUUGUAGAAGGAUAUGCUGAGUAUGCAACGUGGCGGCCUCACCUGGCCUACCUUCGUGACCCAUACGGAGAUGGCGAUAUGGAAAUGGAGUUAGAUGGCGUUGGAGGCGUCAGCAUCCUUGCGAAGGCGCGAGUUUUUCGUGCGGGGGUUCAUUUUCCGGCUUUCAGUUUUGAGAAGCAUGCAGAGACCGAAGGAUUUGGCAAGAUGGCUAAACGUAUGGGGUACUCGGUCAUUGGCCUUCCGCAUUACACAAUCUGGCAUCUAUAUGAGCCUAGUGUGGACGAUCUUCGACACAUGGAGGAGAUGGAACAAGAACGGAAAGAGCGCGAACAGGAAGAAAAGGAACAGGCCAAACGUAAGGAACGCGUUCAGAAUAUAUUCAAAGACGGUAGAACUCAAUGGGAAAUUGACAACGCAUUUGUCCGUGACUCAAUCGAAGAGGAGCAAAAGGCGCAGAAAGGCGCAGAGUCCGUUCCAAACGGAGACGCGAAACCCCCCGAAGACGUUCCUACCGCUAAGAAAGCACAAGAACAAGAGAACCCCAAUGGUCAACAAGGUACGGAUGCUUUGAAAAACGAAGACAUCCAAAGUUCGGUAGAGGCCUCUGCAGCCAAGCCAGCAAUAGGACAUGUCGAUACUAUAGACAAGCCCGACAAUGAGAAGUCAGACCAUGGUACUUGA